AAACUGAGUUUUGGGGGCGUGGCCUUUAACUGACAGACAGGAAGCAAAGAGGCAGAGCAGCAGGCUGAAGAGUCUGCUCCAACAGCAGACUGCCGUGUGAAGAAGAGCAGACUUUACCUGACAGCUCAUCAUGGACACUUUAGAGCCCAUCUGGUCCACCUUCUCAGGGAUUUACACCCUGGCUGAAAACGUGAAGGCCAACAAAAAGCGCUGCCAGCGGAUUUCGGUCCGAGUCAAAGCCCUCGAGGAUGUAGUGAAGUCCAUCACAGAGUUCUCUCCAGAGGUAGAGAAAGCCGUCGAGGAGCUGAUCCUAACUCUGGAGUCAACACAGAGGCUAAUUGAAAAAUACACGGCAGCCAACUUGGUGGAGCGCAUCCUGAAAUCGGGCAGCCACGGAGAAGAGUUUGAUACGGUGAGCGAGCGGCUCAACGAUGCUUACCAGGCCCUGUGUCUAGCUCUGCAAUCAGAGCAGAGCAAGAUGCUGUACGAGGUGUUUAGACAGAGAGAGACAGAAGACGAAAUGGACGGGAAGGAGGACGACACGGAGAUGACCAAAUUGCUGAUGGACUACAUGAAAGAGCAGCAGGAGAAAACCAACACCAUACUGGGACAGCUGGACAAAGUGGUGCAGAUGUUGAAUAAGCCCAGUUUCGGCAGCGUGGCUGUGCGACAGAUUAAACCAGAUGAACUGAAGUAUCAACAUCCCAAAAAGCCCUUCAAGACAACAGCGAGCUGCGAGCUCUACAAAGGAGAAUAUCAGGGAUUCCCAGUGGCCAUCAAGAGAUACCUCGACCCCAUGAAUACCAGUGCACGAGACGUGAAGUCUAUUUUCAACAAGGAAGUCGACACCAUGAAGCAGUUUGAGUCGCUCAACAUCCUGCGAAUGUUUGGAAUCUGCAUCCAGGAUGAGAACGGACCCAAGCCUCAGUUCUUCAUCAUCAUGGAGUACUGUGAGAAAGGAAGUCUUCGCCAGGUUCUGGACUCUGAC